GCCUUGUUCCCAACAGCAGCCCGCCUCUCAACAACACCCGCGACCACUGUUUCGUUGCUUCCUCCACCCCCCACCGCCCAUUGACACCCAAUAAUUCUCCCGGGCUAGUCCUCGCUCCCGUCACUACACCAUGGCCACCACCGCCCGCCCUCAGAACCCCGUCCUCAAGCGGAACAUCACCACCGACUCGGCCAUUUCCUCGUCGGCGCCCUCUGCGAGUGCCUCGCCUUUCGACUCGCCGACUGGAUCGGCCUCCAACACGUCGCUCUCCUCGCUUGGCUCCGACGACAAUGUCAACGUCAAGAACACGCGCGGGACGCUGCUUGACGGCUACGGCAACGAAUUCCAGAUUCCCGACUACACCAUCAAGGACAUCCGCGAUGCCAUUCCCAAGCACUGCUUCGAGCGCUCCGGCCUCCGUGGUCUUGGCUACGUUGCCCGCGACAUCGCCUGCCUGGCCGCCACUUUCUACCUCUUCCACAACUACGUGACCCCCGAGACCAUUGCGUCCAAGCCUCUCAGGGCUGCCCUGUGGGCUGGCUACACUGUGAUCCAGGGCUUGUUCGGAACCGGUCUCUGGGUCAUGGCCCACGAGUGCGGCCACCAGUCCUUCUCGCCCUCCAAGGUGCUGAACGACACGGUAGGCUUCAUCGCCCACACUGCUCUUCUUGUGCCCUACUUCUCCUGGAAGAUCUCCCACGGCAAGCACCACAAGGCCACCGGCCACAUGGAGCGCGACAUGGUUUUUGUUCCUAAGACGAGGGAGCAGUAUGCUUCGCGCGUCGGCAAGUUUGCCCACGAGCUCCACGAGCUGACUGAGGAGACUCCGAUUGCGACGCUUAUCCACUCGGUGUUGCAGCAGCUCGGCGGCUGGCCCAUGUACCUCAUUGCCAACGUCACCGGCCACAACUACCACGAGAGGCAGCACGAGGGCAAGGGCAAGGGCAAGAAGAACGGUUUCUUCGGCGGCGUCAACCACUUCAACCCUGCCAGCCCUCUGUACGAGAAGAAGGACGAGCACUUGAUCCUCGCUAGCGACGUCGGUCUCGCCGUCGUCAUCGGAACUCUCUGGUACAUCGGCAAGACUUUCGGAUUCUCGAACCUUUUCGUCUGGUACAUCAUGCCGUACCUCUGGGUGAACCACUGGCUUGUUGCCAUCACCUUCCUCCAGCACACCGACCCUACUCUUCCUCACUACGACGCUCAGACCUGGACCUACACCCGUGGCGCCGCUGCCACCAUUGACCGCGAGUUCGGCUUCGUUGGCCGCACGCUCCUGCACGGCAUCAUCGAGACCCACGUUCUCCACCACUACGUCUCCACGAUCCCCUUCUACCACGCCGACGAGGCCACCGAUGCCAUAAAGAAGGUUAUGGGCCGCCACUACCGUUCCGAUACCGAGGGUGGCUCUCUGGGCUUCCUCCAGGCCAUGUGGAAGAGCGCACGCUGGUGCCACUGGGUCGAGCCCAGCGAAGGUGCUCAGGGCGAGGGCAAGGGCGUCCUUUUCUUCCGCAAUCGCAACGGCCUCGGCACUGCGCCCGUCAAGAUGUCCGCCCCCGUCGCGAAGCCGACUGCUGGCAAGACCGCUAAGAUGCAGAUUGGCGCCGAUAGCGACAACGAGUGAAGCUCCGACACGAUGUUACGAUCCUGAUCACGGCGACGGGCUGCGGGGUUGGACGCGGCUUUGCAUCGAAGGAGUUUGGUUCGACCUGCGCACGCUGGCACAGCGGGCAGGAUAAUACUUGAUCGAGAGUGGAUUUUUCCCCGUUCGACUCUUUUUUCCUUUCUGGAUAGACUACUAUAUCCUUGCUGU